UAUGUUGCUUUUCCAACUUUUCUAUAGCCACUGGCUCCCUUCUAUUUCUUGCACAACUACUCCGAUCCACAAGCCAAAAGUCAUCCGUUACCUUCUGGUCAGAAGAAAGGCCACACAGCUCCCAAGUGAUUCGUUUUGGGCUAGUCAUCUGGCAGGAAAGGGGAACAAAUUAGCAGGCUGCUGCUAUCAACUCUUUUGUUCAUCGAUCGGUUGAUCAUACAGCAGCUCUGUCGUGAAGAAGAGGAAGAAGAAGAAGGAGAAAGUUGAUUUUAGAUUGGUAAGGAUGAUCCACUCCAUUUCAAGAUGGGUCAAUUUUAUGUGAAGUGGUCAAGAAGCAAGUUCAGAGCUGAGUUCUUUGUUCAAGUAAUAAGGAGUCAUCUGAAUGGCGUAUCCAUCCACCUCCGGCAUGGUCCAACCUUCUUCAUCCCUCCAUGGCAGCAUUGCAGAAGAAGGGAUCCAGAAGGAUAUGACAUGCCAUCUGAUCUGGACCAAGCCCUACUCCUCUACUUCGAUGGCCAGCAACAAGCUAAGCCAUCAAUUCAAGAACAACAACCGCAGACUCUCAACAUCUUCCCCUCCCAGCCAAUGCAUUUCGAGCCAUCCCCAAAGGGCUCCAUGGCUUCUUCAGUGGCGGGAGCACAGGUCGCCGGCCCUUCCAAGACCUCGCCGGCGCCGCCGCCGAAGGCCGGAGGCGGGCCGCUCGGCGCAGGAAAGAGCUCCAAAGCAUCGAUCAAGAGAGAAGGUAGCGCCGGCGGCAAGCAUGGCGGCGGCGCGGGGCCUUCGAGCUCGGAUCAGGAGGGGCCCCGGACGCCGGACCCCAAGACGCUGCGGCGGCUCGCGCAGAACAGGGAGGCCGCGAGGAAGAGCCGGCUGAGGAAGAAGGCUUACAUUCAGCAGCUAGAGUCAGGCAGGAUCAGGCUGGCGCAUCUGGAGCAGGAGAUGCAGAUGGCAAGAACUCAUCAUCAGGGUGCCGCACUAUGGGGUACAGGAACCCUAAGCCCAGACGCGGCGCUGUUCAACCUGGAGUACGAGCGGUGGCUGGGCGACCACAGCAAGGUGGUGGCCCAGCUCCGCGCCGCCGCGGAGGAGCACCGGCCGGACGGCGAGCUGCGCGCGUACGCCGACGAGGCCGCCUCCCACUACGGCGCGCUGAUGGGCCUCAAGGCCCGGCUCGCCGCCGCCGAUCCGCUUCACCUCCUCUCCGGCCUCUGGAAGGGCGCCGCCGAGCGCUGCUUCCUCUGGAUCGGCGGCUUCCGCCCCUCCGAGCUCAUCAAGGUCGGGUUGCGGCACGUGGAGCCGCUGGCGGAGCAGCAGGCGGCGGGGUCGCGCGACGUGGAGCAGGCGGCGCGGCGCGCGGAGGAGGCGCUCGACGCCGAGCUGGAGGCGCUGCUGCGGUCGCUCUCCGAGGUCGUCGCCUCCGACGCGCAGCCGCCGUCGCCGGGGGUGUUCGGCGGCCAGCUCUACCCCCACCACCCGGGCGCCGACGCGGCGGCGGCGGGCUACAUGGGGAUGGGGAUGGGGAUGGGGCACAUGCACAUGGCGCUCGCCAUGGACAAGCUGGCCACCGUCGGCACCUUCCUCAGACAGGCGGACGAGCUGCGGAUGCAGGCGCUGCAGGCGCUCCGGCAGAUCCUGACGGCGAGGCAGGCGGCGCGCUGCCUCGUCGCCGUCGACGACUACUUCUGCCGCCUCCGCGCGCUCAGCACGCUCUGGACCACCAGCCGGACGGCGCCACAGCUGGCGAGAGGCCCCGCCGGGUAGAGAUCGAGCGACGGCAUGGAUGGGAUGGGAUGGGAUGGGUGCAUACUGCUAGCUAGCUUAGCUAUGACGUAGAAAUUAAAGACGUUGAAUUUAGCAGCACCAUGCCGAUGUACCAAGGAUCACAAGCUUGUGUAGGAUAUUGGAUACAGAAAGAACAGGGAAAUUGGAACUGAAGAACAAGAUGAAAACGUAUGUGUUGCGUUAGUUAGGCAACUGAAAUUGCUAAAGCUGCUAUUUCCACCUAAGUCUUCAGACCACGCAAGGCAAAACUGAAGCUCUAGAAAUCCAAUCUUCUCUAGUUUGUCCCCGA